AUGUUUGGUAAUUGCUUGAAGGCUGUUGCCACCCGGUUUUUAAAAUUAUCAAAUUUCAAACAAAGACCCAAUUUGCAAAACGAAGGUGUGAUGUCUUCAAAUCUGCUCGAUAUGCCUCUAGAUGUGAUCAAUGUAGUAAUGGGAAAGUUAGAGCCCAUGGACUUAUUAAGAUUGCGUAAAGUAUGCCACAGUUUGAAAUCUGCUGUCAAUAAAUUUGGAAUUCAUUUCGAUUCAAUUCAUUUCGAAUUACAUGAUCACAGUAUCACCUUGUGCUUGGACAAUGGAUUUCCCAUUUACAUUAGAGCAGUUUAUGGUGGUACGACUGUAAGCUACGGUCAGCGAACAAUUGAAAUUGAAGAAGAAAAUUUCAUGGAUGUUGGGUUCAAGGAUUUGAAGUUUUUAUUGAAGCAUGUUUCCACAUUAGGAAUAUAUAAUUAUGCAAAAAAUAGAAAAGAGAUCAUAAAAUCUUUUAUUGAUUUUUUGAAACCAGAAGAAUGUUUCCCAGUGGAUGCAGUCGAAAUUUGGAAUUUCUCAUUCAAUGAUGUCGUUUCUUUUCUAUCUUAUUUUGAUGAUAAAACACUGAAAUCAAUAAAAUUGAAUCAAAAUGAACCAAUAGAACAAUUUGAGCCAAUAACUUAUUUGGACCAGUGGACAAAUGCAAAACAUUUUGGCCUCAAAGCUACAAAUUCUAAUGUUGACAGUGAAAUAAUUAAAAAUCUGUUUCAUUUUCCACAUUUCUGUGUCUACAAAAUAACCGAUUUCCCAACACAACUUGCAGUUAAAAUAAGAGAUAAUCUAAUGAGAAGAAGCACAUUCCAACAGUGCACUUUAUCAGUCAACAAAUUGACCUUGAACCCAAUCGAAAUUGCGAGAAUAUUCAAAUCGGACUAUACUGGUGGUAAAGAAUAUAAAUUCAAAUAUUCAAAUGGAACUCACAAAUUUGAAAUUUCACUUGUACAAUCUACUAAAUGUAUUUAUGUCCCUUUUAUCUUUUCUGUGAAAAGAUUGUGA